CGGCGGAGGUGGGGAGGGGACUGUACAGCGGGACUGGGUCUGUGCCGCAGGGAGAGAAGGUGUGCUCAGUACCCGCUCUGCAAACUCAGCUGAGCGAUCAGCCUAACUUUGCCCGCCCAGGAUCCCCCAAAUUGAACGAAAUCCGAGGGCGGGGUGCUAAGGGAUGGGGAGCGGAGCCUGAGAAGCGGCAAGAGGAUAUAUGGUACUGGGGCGCCGAGUACAGUAGGCGCAAACAUGAGCCCCGGGGGCGCAUCCGGGAGGAUGCUGCAGCUGAUGCCGUUGACUAGGCUGCUGUUGCUGCUACUCCUUGGGGCGGCUCCUGCUGAGGGCAAGGGCUGUAUCUGUAGGGACAAAGGCCCUUGCUUUUGUGAUGGCAUCAAAGGUGAUAAGGGUGAAAAAGGCUUUCCCGGUUGUCCUGGCAUACCUGGCCAGAAAGGAUUGCCUGGCCCAGAAGGUAUACCUGGACCUCAAGGACCCAAGGGCUCUCCAGGGCUUCCGGGAUUUAUUGGUUCUAAAGGCACAAGGGGAAUGACAGGAUUGCCAGGUUUUUCAGGUCCUCCAGGACUCCCAGGCACUCCUGGGAAUACUGGGCCUUAUGGGCCUCCUGGUAUACCAGGAUGCAAUGGCACAAAGGGUGAGCAAGGAUUUCCAGGACUUCCAGGGACACCAGGUCUUCAAGGGUUCCCGGGUGCCAUGGGCUUAAAAGGAGAAAAAGGAGCUCCUGCUCGUGAAGAAGGUAUAGGAAAUGGUGGAAGAGGUGACCCAGGGUUACCAGGAAUCCCAGGACAUCAGGGUUUGCCUGGCCCCCCAGGGUUUCCUGGGCCAGCUGGACCACAAGGGCCCCCAGGAUUUUUGGGUUUUCCAGGAGAGAUGGGACUUCCAGGACCAAAGGGUCACAUGGGCAUUAAGGGAAUUGGAGAAAAGGGGGAUCAGGGUGUGAAAGGGUUAACAGGACCCCCCGGACCACCAGGUGCAGUUAUUGUGACAUUGACUGGACUGGAAAAUCUAACGGACUACAAAGGGGAUAAAGGAGACAAAGGAUCAGUGGGAGAGCCAGGACCCCCAGGACCAAAGGGGCUACCUGGAGAAUCUCAUGGAUCUGAAGCUGGUACUCCUGGAGACCCUGGCCCUCAGGGGAAACCUGGGAAAGAUGGUGCCCCUGGUUUCCCUGGAUUUCCAGGAUCUAAGGGUGAAAAGGGUUUUCCUGGAUUAAAUGGUGAAACUGGUGUUAAGGGAUUUAAAGGAGACAUGGGCCCAUCAGGAUUUCAUGGUCCAGUAAGUUUCAAUGGAGUUGUCUGUUAUGGCUCUGACCAAAAAUAUAACAAAAUAAGCAAUGUGUUUUUUCAAAGUGGCUGUGAAAAUAUUGCCAUCCAUAACAGAGCUAUCUUCUUAGAGGUCUCCAAGGUCCACCAGGAGAUGUUGGUAGACCAGGAGCCUCAAGACCCCGGUCUUAGAGGUACUCCAGGAUCAGGAAUCAAAGGAAGUAAAGGCGAGAGAGGACCACCAGGCAUGAACACAAUAGGGCCUCCUGGACGUCCAGGAUUCCCAGGCACACCAGGCUACAAGGGGUUACCUGGUCUUCCAGGACCACCAGGCCAAGUAACUUUUCAAGAUGGUCCUCCAGGAGACCAUGGUGAUCCAGGCCAUUUGGGGUCUCCAGGCAUGCCAGGAGCCAUGGGCCCAAAGGUUGAAGCAGGACUGCUAUGUACCCAAUGUACUUAUACUCCAGGACCCCCAGGACUACCAGGUUUGCCUGGGUUAGAUGGUAAAAAUGGAAUUAAAGGGAGGCAAGGACCUGAUGGUUUAAAGGGAAGUCCAGGAACUCCAGGACAUAAAGGUCUACCGGGCUUUCCAGGAUUCCCAGGUUCUCCUGGUGAUCAAGGACUAAAGGGAGAAAAAGGUGAAACAUCACAAGAAGGAGAAGUAGGAGAUCGAGGGGACCCAGGGAUCAGAGGAGACCUUGGGAAAAAGGGCUCAGAUGGAAUCCCCGGAAAACCUGGCUCGAAAGGAUUGCCAGGCCCAAAAGGCGAACCGGUUGUGAAUGGUGAAAAGGGGGAUAGAGGUUUUCCAGGAAAUCCUGGUGACCCUGGGCACCCAGGACCCAUGGGACCAGCUGGACAUUCCAACUAUGGACCACAAGGGGAACCUGGACCAAAGGGAGCUCCAGGUGUACCUGGACUUCCUGGACCACCUGGAAAUGAUGGUCCUAAAGGGGAACCAGGCAUAGUGAACCCAGUACCUGGGCCUCCAGGUCCUCCUGGGUUACCAGGGCUACCUGGCCUCCAAGGCACAAGAGGAAAUCCAGGAUCCAUGGGACCAAGAGGUUACCCAGGUCUUCAAGGGCCUGAUGGUGAAGCAGGAUCCCCAGGAACUGGAGUUCCUGGGACUCCUGGACAAAAGGGGGACAAAGGUUUUCCAGGAGCCAAAGGAUCACCAGGAUGUCCAGGAGAAAUGGGAAAACCUGGGUUGCCUGGAAUACCAGGACUCCCAGGAGCAAAGGGAGAACCGGGUACAGCAAUGCCUGGAAAACCAGGAAAAAUUGGUUUUCAAGGACAAAGGGGAGAUUCAGGGGAAAAUGGAGAGAAUGGACUCCCUGGACUUCCAGGCCUUCCAGGAUCCCCAGGAAAUGAAGGACCAAAUGGACCACCAGGAGAGCCUGGAGUUCCCGGACCUCCAGGAUUAAAUGGGCUUCCAGGAUUAUGUAUACCAGGUGAAAGGGGAACCCAAGGACUUCCAGGUUUAAAUGGACUAAAAGGACCACAAGGAGACAGUGGCUUGGAAGGUCCUAAAGGGGACCCAGGGAUACCAGGCUUAGAUAGGUCGGGAUCCCCAGGAGAACCUGGCCCACCAGGACUGCCAGGUCAUCAAGGAGAGAAAGGAUCUCUGGGUCCAGCAGGACAAUCAGGAGCUCCAGGAAAUCCAGGUCCCCCAGGUCAAAAGGGAGAAGUUGGCAUGAUGGGUCAUCCUGGAACAACUGGACUUCCUGGGAUUCCUGGGAACCCAGGUACCCCAGGACACAAGGGUAACUUGGGAAUUCCAGGAAGAAAAGGGAAGAAAGGACUUCCUGGUACAAAGGGUGAAAGAGGUAAUAAAGGAAAUCAAGGCCCAUCUGCAAUAUCAGAUGAUAUAGGGGAGAAAGGUGAACCAGGACCAGAAGGACCUUUGGGUGACUUCGGCCAGAAAGGAGAGAGAGGUACUACAGGUCUACCAGGAUUACAAGGUCGGGAUGGAAGACCUGGACGACCAGGACUGCCAGGAGUCAGAGGAGAUCCUGGUACCAUGGGUGACCCUGGAAAACCAGGACCAACUGGAGGACCUGGAAGCAUGGGGCACCUGGGAGUACCAGGCCCAAAGGGAAAAAAAGGAACUGAAGGUCACCCAGGUAUAGCUGGCAGACCAGGUCUCCCUGGUAUUCAGGGCAUGAAGGGAGAAAAAGGAGAACCAGGCUAUACCAAGGAUGCACAGCCAGGACCUCCAGGGCCAAAGGGAGAACCAGGACCCCCUGGUUCCUUAGGCAAGAAAGGGAAAAAAGGACUACCAGGCCCACCAGGCCCAGUAGGACCUGCUGGAACUGAAGGGGACCAAGGAAGUUCUGGAAACCGUGGACAUCCAGGACAGCCUGGACCUGCUGGUGAUUUGGGAUUUAAAGGAUGCAAAGGUUUUCCUGGUACUCCAGGAAUGAAAGGACCUCCAGGUCCUCCAGGAGCCCCAGGACCUCCUGGACCAAUGGGUGAAAAAGGUACACAAGGAGGGGAUGCAUUUCCUGGUCCAGCAGGAGAAAAAGGAGAAUUAGGUCUGCUAGGGGCACUUCCAGGUCCAAGAGGUCUUCCAGGUUUAGAAGGAAUCAAAGGAAAUAAAGGAAGACCAGGUUUCCCUGGUAUCCAUGGUAUGAAAGGUGUGAUGGGAGAUGUGGGACCAAUAGGCCCCCCAGGAAUGACAGGACUACCAGGGCCACCAGGUUUUCCCGGUGCACUAAUCCCAGGCCAAAAAGGAAAUAAAGGUCUUCCAGGCUUGAGAGGAAGUCCAGGUGAUCCUGGCCCUCCAGGACCCCCUGGUAAUCACACAGGAAUAAAGGGAGAAAAAGGUUUUCCAGGAGACCAAGGUCCAACAGGUCAACCAGGAAUCAUAGGAGACCCUGGGCCCCCUGGGCAUCUGGGAAUGCCCGGCACCCCAGGUUUUCCAGGUUCUCCAGGUGAACUUGGGUUUCAAGGAUUUCCAGGAAGGACAGGAGAAAAGGGUAAUAUAGGACCUCCAGGACCAUUUGGACCUCCAGGGUCAAUUGGGCCAAAAGGACCUCCUGGUCAGCCUGGAGGCCCUGGAACAAUUAAAGUUAUAUCCCUGCCAGGGAGCCCAGGACCUCCUGGUCAACCUGGAGAACCAGGAAUGCAGGGAGAACCAGGACCACAAGGACCUGUUGGCUACCCAGGCCUUCAAGGACUAAGAGGUCAACCAGGGAAACCUGGAAAACCAGGAAUUCCUGGACCAGUUGGAGAAAAAGGCAACAAAGGAUCUAAAGGAGAAAUUGGACCUCCCGGGUCAGUUGGAUUGCCCGGAUUAAAAGGAAAACCCGGAAACUUUGGACCACCUGCAACUGGGCCAUCUAUCAGAGGUUUUGUUUUCACCCGUCACAGCCAAUCAACAGAGAUUCCUUCCUGCCCAAGAGGAACAGAACCCCUUUAUAGUGGCUAUUCUCUUCUCUUUGUGCAGGGAAAUGAACGAGCUUAUGGACAAGACCUUGGAACUCUUGGUAGCUGCCUACAACGUUUUACCACAAUGCCAUUCUUGUUCUGUAAUACCAAUGAAGUGUGCAAUUUUGCAUCCCGAAAUGACUAUUCAUAUUGGCUGUCAACUACAGCACAGAUGCCAAUGAACAUGGCCCCAAUCACUGGCAGAGCUCUGGAGCCUUAUAUUAGCAGAUGUACAGUCUGUGAAGGUCCUGCAAUGGCCAUAGCAGUUCACAGUCAGACCACUGACAUCCCUUUAUGUCCUGAUGGCUGGAUUUCUCUUUGGAAAGGAUUUUCUUUUGUCAUGUAUACAAGUGCAGGCUCAGAAGGCUCUGGGCAAGCACUAGCAUCCCCUGGUUCUUGCCUGGAAGAUUUCCGUGCCAAUCCAUUUAUAGAAUGUCAUGGCAGGGGAACUUGCAACUACUAUUCAAAUUCUUAUAGUUUCUGGUUGGCUUCAUUAAAUCCAAGAAGGAUGUUCAGAAAACCUACUCCAUCUACUGUGAAAGCUGGAGAACUAGAGAGGAUCAUCAGUCGCUGUCAAGUGUGCAUGAAGAGAAGAGACUAACUAAAUCACAGAAAAUAAAACUGCUACCAAAGCAGAGAAUGGUCAUUUUUAAAGCAAUGAUCUAACAAAUAGCAGUCUAGCUAUGCUACCACAGAAAUUCUGAUUAAGAAUAAAAUUGCUGUAGUGUGUGCCACCAGAUUACUCACAAAAGUAUUACUACAGCCUUUAGAUCACUGUUGGCUUAAAGUAUCAAAUAAAUGGUGGUUGAAAAGAAACUAAAUGCCCCAAAUCAAAUGGGGUAUGCCUCAAAGUAUACUUAAGGCUCAUUUACCUGCUCUCCAAGACUCCAGGGAAAGUUAAUUCUUGGCUCCUAAAGGAUAUCGAGAAGACUUUUCCAAUAGGCAAAAGUAUCCUGGACAAAUGUUGACUGAUUUAUUAUACUUGAUAAAGUCUAGGACAAAACUGACCCUGUCUCAGGACUACAUAUUUCCCAAAGCCCAUUCAAACCACUUAAGUCUUCUAUCAGCAGGAAACCCAGGGCUGAUACUAACCCAAAAAGGGAACACUAAUGAAAAAAUUUUUAAGUGUAUGGACUCAUUGCAUGUCUUAUUGUAACACUUACCUAGUGAAAUAUGUAUAUAUAUAUAUAUAUAUAUAUGUAUAUAUACAUAUAUAUGUGUGUGUGUGUGCCUUACUACCAUAAAGUGACAUAUAAUGUUAAAGAUAUCAAAUUAUCACUCAAAGUAGGCAAAACUCAAGCCAUUUAAAUAUUCAUUUUAACAGACUAUUUUCUAUCUGCCCUUUGAAAAUAUUCUUCUCUUUAACACUUCUCCCAAUCCUCUAGACUCUUCUAUUGGGAAAUGGAUAUACUUAACUUCCCACCUCACUCUCCAACGUCCUGGGGAUGAUCAGUUACCCAUGGCCAGAAAGGAAGUAGGGCAAAUGAGCAGCCAAGGUGAGAGUUAUUAGAUAGACAGCCUAUGUGCUACAGUGGUAUCUAUGAAACAGUAAAAGAGCCCAAAGGCUUCCAGGACAAUCAGAAGCAAGGAUCACUUGAUCUGUAGAGGAGAAAUAGGACCAUGGAUAUCAUUGAAGUAUUCCUACAAGUGUCAAUGCUAACUAAUCAAAUUCAGUUAUAAUCUUGCUCAAAACAGCUAUUCUUUGAUGUAAUUUUGCAUUCUUCUCACUGGUAGACUUAUUUUCUUGUUUGUCAUCUUAUAAAAUGUUUCCUAUGUAAAAAGCAACUUGUUAAAUUAACUGGCAAUGCACAUAAACCAGAAUGCUUAAAAAACAGAAUGCUUGGAUAAGCUUCAAAUGUUCUGCAUUGUUACAAGGGAAUCACUUUAAAGGACUGAUAUAUAUUAAUUUAAGGUCGCCAAGGAAUCAGCUAUGUAAUUCCUAAAUGAAAAACUCAAGUCAGCCGUCAGCCUUUUUUGGAGUUUAAUUACAAUAGGAGCAAGAAAGGAAUUAGAGAUAUAUAUAGAGAGAGAAAGGGGAGAGAAGGGAAUAGGGCUUAAAUACCCCUUCUGUUUUGGCUGGGCCAAAAGGCCCAAGCCCUUAGAUAGCUGGGGCAAAGAAAAGAGAUCAGUCCCUUUCACUCACGUGUCCAAAAUGGAGAAACAGUCUCAGAGGCCCCCACCUUCAGCUUCCUCCAGAGCAAGCUUCCCCCGACCCAGGAACCACACCGACCAAAAAAAUCCACAACCCUUCAGUCUCCAGACCCUCCUAUCUUUAAGGACACCAUCCAAGUUGCCUCCCCUCAGUCCUCACAUCUACCAAUCACUCUUCAUCAAUUUCCCUGUCAAUGGAGGCUCUCGCUUAACCCAGGACCGCCCAGAGGUUUCUGGCUUUUGCACAUGUCUGUUGAAGGUCAUAUUUUCAAAUGAUUAAAUCUAUACUCCUUUGCUACAGCCCUUUCUAAAUCCUGUUAACCUGAGUAGGGUAGAGAUUGGAAUAAUUAAAUUUUGAUCUAGGCUGCAGCCCUUACUCAAUCCUAUUAGGACUGAAUAGGGUGGAGAUUUAUUCCAAGUAUCUCCAUUGUAUCAAUUCUAAAAUCAAUCAAGACUCAAAGAAAUUCCUGUUCUAUGCUUAAGCAUAGAUCAAAGUCCUUUCCAUUGUUCAGCAAAGGGUUUCUGUCCUAAAGUAAUCUUAAGAAGGGAAGAGAAGGAACCUCCCAUGCCAAUGGAGUUCCCAUUCCAAUAGACUAUCAGUAAGAAAUUUUCCAAGUAUGAAAUAUCCCAAUGGUGAAAUUUUCAACAAUUAUAAGUCUAAGGAAAUUUGAGGUUUACAGCAUAUAUAAUGAUUACUAUCUUCUAUGGCUACAAAGGAUCCCAGGUCUCCCACAUUUUUUGCCUUCUGUAGCUCUCUCUAGAUCUGCCAUCAUGUCUAAAAGUUCAAUAGGCAUGGGAAAAGAAUUUAACACUGACUGUUAAUACUGAUUGCAGCUUGCUUUUGGAGGUCUUAGAGAAGAGACCCUGAGAGUUGGAUGAGAGCCCUCUGAUUUGUACCAUAUUCUCAUCAGCUUACCUCACAUCAAACUCUAACUCAAAGGAAAGGAAAAAAAUAAACAAAAAAAAGUUUAUAUAAAAUAAUGUAUAAAAAAUGGACAUGGAUUCCAGAAAGACCUGAAUACAGGUUCCCUUCUCUGCCACAUGUUGUUUCUGAGACCUAGGGCAAAUAAUUUAAUUUCUCUGUGCUCUAGAAAACUUUAUAGGUUGCAAAGAUACCCAACUCCAUUGGUGGAAGGAUUUUCCUUAGCUGAGAGUUUCUGGUAUUAAUGAAAUCACAAGUCCAGUCAGUGUUCUAAACUCUCCUAGAACCAAGCCUUUCAACUCUCUCUAUUUUAUUUCCUGAGAAAUGUUUCAAUAAAAACAGAAAAUCAAACUUUUACUAAAUAUAUGACUAUAUGUUUAAAGUUUCCAAGAACAAGUGAAUGCUUUUUAUUAUUUUAUUUGUUGUUUUUAAACUAUCUCCUUUAAAAGGAAACAUGAUAACUCUGCUAGCAGAAAUAUUUUAGGAAUUCCUUUAUACAAGGCGUGCCAAAAGGCUAUUAAAAGGCAAUAGCCCUUUAAGCUUGAACUGGCAUUAUUUAUAUACACUAAGACAGUAUUUUGCAAAUGUCUCCUCAUUUUUUUUAAACCCUUACCUUCUACCUUAGAAUUAACACAAUGUAUUGGCUCCAAGACAGAAGAGCAGUAAGGGGUAGGCAAAGGGGGUUAGUGACUUACAUAGGGUCAUACAUCUAGGAAAUAUCUAAGGUCACAUUUGACCCCAACCUCCUUUCUCUAAGCCUGGUUCUCUAUCUACUGAGCCACUUAGCUGCCUCCCAUCAUUCAUUUUCAAGCAUGUAAAUGAGAUUGUUUUACAAAUCUAUAGUCACAGAUUUUUGAAGCUAGGAAGGAUUGCAAAGAUCAACUAGGGACCCAUCUUCUUACUUUAAAGAUAAGUAAGCUGAGACUAAGUUGCCACAGCUAAUUAACAGGAAAAGACAGAAUCCAAAUCUUUUUACUUCCAGUGCUAUGAGUAUGGCUAAACUGCAAAUGAAAUCCUAUUCAAAAAUUGGGCAUAAUGUACUGAAGUCAUUUGCAUAAACUGCAUACUAAUACAUUUUAUAUGAUAUAGUACUUUCAAUUAUUUCAUUAUUUCUGACUUUUAAAAAAUAAUCAAUUUCUGUUAGAAAUUGAUUAGCUUUUUAGAUUAAAUAUGAAUAAUUAAUCAUCUCUUUUAAAAAUCUGUAGUUUCAAAGUGGGAUUUAGCAGUCUGUAAAAAGAUUUCCCAAAGGCUUGUUUUAACAGGAUAAACAUUUUUUUAAUUUUCCAAAUUAAAUUAAUUAAUGUAAUUCUUGGCAGUUAGAAUUUUAAAAAUUAAACAACAAAUUUUUCUAUAUGUCAAAUGUCAUGCAACUACCCAAUGUCAUUUAACAUUAUAUAUACAAGAAAUGAAGUGCUACUUUUAAACACUUAGUGUUUUGUGGUUCAAGAAAUGGAUAACAUUAUUAUAUAAAUAUUUCAGUGAAUAGAACUAAAGUGGAAAAUGUUGCUUUUUAUAUUUUAUUGAUGCUGACUCACAAACUAAAAAUAAAAUUAAUAUUUGAUCUAAAAUAUUGAAUGAAUUAUUGCCUUUAACUUUUAUAAUAUUAGUUAGGGAAGAAUAUUUUAUAGAUUUUCACAUUUGCAGAAUUGUCAAAGUAGGUCUUUGAUUUGUUUCAUAAAAUGCAAACCUUAGCCAGGUUAUAACUAGGAUUGUAGAAGGAAGGAAUAGUUGUCUUGAUAAAAGGAAAGGGUUACAAACAUAAAACAAAAUUAUUAGUAAAACAAUUUACCUUUCCUAGACCACUUUUGUGCACGCCUCCCUCAUUCCUGGUCCAGUCCUACCCAACAUCUCACCCAAAUGAAAGACAAAGCUGCCUUUAAGGCUUCCCUAGCUUCUCUAUGAAACAAAUGUUGGUCUCCAUGGCCGAGAAUGAUGCCUUUGAACUUUCCAAAUGUUCUGUGGGUUUAUCAAAUUGUAUUAACUUGUAUUACAGUGAUCUGUAUACAAUAUGGUCUCCUGAUAGAUUAUAAA